AGCCGGGCGGUGGCGGCGGUAGUGGCGCAUGAGCAAAAGCCACCGGUCGUGUCCUGUCCCCCCCCGCGUGACGUCACUCGUUACCCCCGCCUACCUCCGGGGGGCGUGACCGUGCUGGGUGUGGGACCCGGUGGCGGCAGUGGGCCCGCGUCCCUGCGCUCCCCAGGGGCUCCGUUUCGGGGUGACGGCGGGGGACAUCCCGUGGCAGCCCUCGGCCGGGCUUCGGAGUGGCCGAAUCUGGGAGCUGGGAAAGGGAGAAGAUUUGGGGUGCGGCAGAGGCAGCGAGUGGCGGGCAGAAUGGGGACAUUUUACGCUGACGAACUCUUGGACAUCUUAUACAACUACACUUCUGACUAUGGCAACUACAGCCUGGUUCUGCCUGACAUCGAUGUCUCCUCUUCCCCAUGCCGUAAUGAAGGCUCCGUAGCCAACAAAUACUUGGUGGCCUUCAUCUACUGCCUGGUCUUCCUCCUCAGCAUGGUGGGCAAUGGGCUGGUGGUGCUGGUGGUCACCUCCGGCCACAUAAACCGCUCUGUCACCGAUGUCUACCUGCUCAACCUGGCUGUGGCCGACCUGCUCUUUGCCCUCAGCCUGCCGCUCUGGGCCGUCUACUGGGCCCACGAGUGGGUUUUUGGCACCGUCAUGUGCAAAGCCAUCUCGGUGCUGCAGGAAUCCAACUUCUACAGCGGCAUCCUGCUGUUGGCUUGCAUCAGUGUGGACCGCUACUUGGCCAUCGUCUACGCCACCCGCGCUGCCACCGAGAAGAGGCACUGGGUGAAGUUUGUCUGUGUGGGCAUCUGGGUGUUCUCGGUGCUGCUCUCCCUGCCCGUGCUGCUGUUCCGUGAGGCGUUUGUCUCAGACCGCAAUGGCACGGUUUGCUACGAGCGCAUUGGCAAUGAGAAUACCACCAAGUGGAGGGUGGUGCUGCGGGUGCUGCCGCAGACCUUCGGCUUCGCCCUGCCCCUCCUGGUCAUGCUCUUCUGCUAUGGUGUCACCGUGCACACCCUCCUGCAGACCAAGAACGUCCAGAAGCAGCGCGCCAUGAAGGUCAUCCUAGCUGUGGUGCUGGUCUUCCUUGUCUGCUGGCUGCCCUACAACAUCACGCUGGUGAGCGAUACCCUCAUGAGGACGCGUGCCAUCACCGAGACCUGCGAGAGGAGGAAACACAUCGACACAGCCCUCUCCAUCACGCAGGUCCUUGGCUUUGCCCACAGUUGCAUCAACCCCAUCAUCUACGCCUUCAUCGGGCAGAAGUUUCGCAACAGCUUCCUCAAGAUCCUGGCACAGCGUGGCUUCAUCAGCAAGGAUGCUGUGGCACGCUACGGCCGCACCUCCUACACUUCCACCUCUGGCAACACCUCCACCACCCUCUGAGCCCCACUGCUCCCCAAGACCCGGUGCAUGCAGUCCUGGCACCCCACGCACCCCAGCAUCCUAACACAAGACACAGCCUUGGGCAGUGGGCUUGGCCCCCUGGCACACAGAUGGGUGUCACUGUGGGCUGCACGUGGUCACACUGCGCACGCGAAGGCACAUCAGCAUGGGGGUCCCAAUGGAAAGAUGCUGAACGCUGCCCACCCUCCCUGCGCUUUGGGAUAAAGCUUAUGAGUCUGAGGACAUCACGGCCCCAGUGUGGCAAUGACAGCUGCCCAGAAAUAAAGGAGGUGGCAAGUUUUUCACA